UCUUUAUAAAAACAAGAAGAAGAUGACGCAACAAUAAUAAGUGUGUUUAACACGGUAAUAACGCAGCUGGAUAAGGUUAUAUCCGGUGAUUUGGCAUCAUUUGCAUCAUUUGCAUGCAGUCGGGACGAAUGUUUCGCUGUGUGCUUGUUAAACCUGUUGUUAUAUCCAACAGUAGCUCUCUAACAGGGUCACCAUGGUUGUAACGUAGCUACUACGAGCCCGACAGAUAGCUUUUAGCUCCGACACACAGACAAUAAUAUAUUUUAUCAGUUUAAUGAAACAAAUACUUGCACUGAAGUGUGACCAGACUUUUGUUCCUUUUUGAAGCGGAUAAGCAGGACUUAAUAACAUAUGUCUGAUUCCCCACGUGAGUCCAUCGACUCCACAAAUGAAACUCCCAGCAAGAAGACACAGUUGGAGGACGGUUCACACUCUCUCAGUGUAAUAAAAGAAGCAGUGGUGGUGUUGACCAGACUCCCUGAUUAUAAGAUCAGCGCUCUGCGGCCACCAACGCCUCAGCAGUUCUACAGUGAAGAUGAAUCCUCCAGCAGCUCCGAUUCUGACAUGGAGUGGGAACCAGAGGUGUCAGAGCCAGCGCCCAUAAUUAUAUCAUCAGCUUUUGCCUAUUGCUCUAAUGAAAUCACGAAGGUCCGUCCUAACUUGCCGGAAGAAGAGGUCAAAGUGGGCAUGAUGGUCCUGGCGAGGAAGAGGCACAUGAGAUGGCAACGGGGAAGAAUAGUGGAGAUGGUAACGAGGGAAGAUGGACACGGUUGAAGUACAAAGUGUACAUUUUGUAGAUGAAGGGGGAAGAGCCUUGUGUCCUGGGCACCACAUCGCCUUUGACAACACAGCGAAGCUGGAGCAGCUGUAUGUCGGCGCUCGCGUGGUUGUCAAGUGUCAAGAUGAGACGUUCCGGCCGGCUAUCUUGGCAGAGCUCCCCAGCAGGAAGAACCGCUUAAGGUUCUUGGUCUUUCUGGAUGAUCACAUUCCGGUUUAUAUUGGUUUACCUUUUCUUCACCUGGUGUGCAGACCGUUUAUGGAGGGGGAUGAGAUCGAGAUGACCAAAGAGGAGCUCCAAAAGUGGAUCAGAGCGAAGGUGAAGGAGAACGAUCUGUUCUCCACACACGUUCAAGAGAAAUACGAUCUGUUGCAGUCUCUUCUGGAAAGGAGGCAGAGCCAGGCUGCUCACCUCCAGAACCUCUACAAGUCUGUGGCAGCAUGUGAGGUGAUUGUGAAGAAACAAUACUCGCUGCUGGGGUGGGAGUACAAAGACACUGUUUCUGAUGAUGAUGAUGGAAUUACUCCUCCAUCCCCACGUCAAGUCCCCGGCUCUCCAACUAGAAAUGCCCCUUUGUUACUUGAGGACAGUGAGAAAGUCUAUAAAGUUAAUGGCAAGAAAGUCUCCAUCAGUCUAAAAAGACAACCAGCGGUGGUCUUGACCAGACUUUCUCCACGUGAGAUCCGCUCAUAUCGACCAACGCCUCAGGAUCACGACAGGGAAGAUGAAUCCUUGAACAAUUUGAGUUCUGAUAGUCGGUGGGAACCAGAUAAUGACUCAAGUGAUUUGAAUUAUUCUACCUCAAGUUAUAAUACUGGGUCAAACAAGAGGAGGAAAGUAGAUCAGAAGGAUAAAAAAACUGCAAAGCGCCACGCAACACCCCAAGCCAGAACAAAUGCUGGUGCUACGAGCAACGCAGGAAAAACAUCGACACCGCCCGCAGACACCAAUGAAGAAACCCCUGUCAGCACGGUACCAACACUUCCCCAAUCCUCGCACAAAGCCGCCAAGACCCAAGACCCUCCUAGCGUGCAAGAAGAAAAGAUCAUUGUGAACAUGAAUGUCCUGGCCAGAAAAAGGGACGCGACCUGGCAACAGGGGAAAAUCGUUGAAAUAGUGACAAAGGAAGGUGGUAGGUUGAAAUACAAGGUCAGUCUUGAGAAGGGGAAGAUCCUAGUCUCUGGUCACCACAUCGCCUUUGUCUGCAUGCCGAAGGUGGAGCAGCUGUUUGUCGGCGCUCGCGUGGUGGUCAAGUGUAACAGUAAAGAACCACAGUUCUUCCCCGGUAUCGUGGCAGAGCUCCCCAACAGGAUAAAUCACAUGAGGUUUCUGGUCUUUCUGGAUAAUAAAACGCCGGUUUAUGUUGGCUUACCUUUACUUCACCUAGUGUGCAAACCAAUGACGGAUCCCUUGGACGAUAUUAAAAAUGAGGCCCACAAGAAUUUCCUGAAGGAGUAUAUAAAGAACUGGCCUUACCCGCCCCAGACCAAGUAUAAGCUCAGGCAGAUAAUUAAUGCAGAACUGGGUGGAGUCCAGCAGAAGUGUGAGGUGCAGGUGGUGGACUGCAGCUUGAUACAGGUUGUCUUUCAGGUAAAUCAACAGAAGGAGUGGAUCUACCGAGGCUCCUCACGCCUGGAGCACAUGAUUAAUAUGAGGAAGCAGUUGGAGUCUAAGAAGGAUGGGAUGAAGAAUAAAUCUACUGCAGCCAAUGUAUCAUCAAAAAUGGCACAUUGAUGAGACCAUGAAUGUGUUAAGAGAACUGGAUGCUCAGUUUUUGUUCUGCGUUUUUGGACCUAGAACAUCCACGAUGGGACUCACAUCACAAACCUUUUUACCUCACCAGAAUGGCUGAAAACAAGUCAAACUGCCUUAUAUGUAUAUAGGUGUAUUUGUUUUUAUGUUCUUAAAUAAAAAUGUAUUCUCACUUUCUUUAA